AUUAUUAUAUACUCCGUAAUAAAUACUCCCUAAUAAAAGUCAGAAAGAAAGAAGUGCAGAAUUGAGAGAUGGCUCUCCCGCAAUGCCCAUUAUUCCCAUCAUCAUCUCUCAGCCGCACCUCUAUCUUUCCCCACCAGUUGAACUUCAGGUAUAAGCACGUUCCAGUUUUACCCUCCAAUGCCCGGAUUACCAGGACCUGCUCUGCUGCUUUCUCUGCCUCGCCCAAUUCAUCCAUAACCUCUUUUUCUCAGUUGAUUGAAGCUUUAAUAAGUGGGAAAGACUUGACUGAAUCUGAAGCUGAAGAAUCUCUUGAGUUUCUGUUGGAUGGUGCAGACGAAGCUCUGAUUAGUGCAUUUCUUGUUCUCUUGAGGGCUAAAGGAGAAACCUAUGAAGAAGUGGUGGGAAUGGCAAGGGCUAUGAUAAAACAGUGUAGAAGAGUUGAAGGAUUAGAAGGCGCAGUUGUUGACAUUGUUGGCACUGGAGGUGAUGGCGCAAACACUGUAAACAUCUCAACUGGCGCUUCCAUUCUUGCUGCUGCUUGUGGUGCCAAAGUUGCUAAGCAAGGGAAUAGGUCAAGCUCAUCUGCUUGUGGAAGUGCUGAUGUACUGGAAGCUCUAGGGGUUGCUAUUGACCUAGACCCCGAGGGGGUAAAAAAGUGUGUAAAUGAAGCAGGAAUUGGAUUUAUGAUGUCCCCCAUCUACCACCCAGCAAUGAAGAUUGUUAGUCCUGUCAGGAAAAAACUUAAAGUGAAGACAAUAUUUAAUAUCCUGGGCCCAAUGUUAAAUCCAGCCAGAGUUCCUUUUGCUGUUAUUGGAGUCAGCAAAGAAAACCUUGUCUACAAAAUGGCUAAAGCAGUUCAACGGUUUGGCAUGAAAAGGGCAUUGGUAGUUCACUCAGAAGGCCUAGAUGAGAUGAGUCCUCUUGGAAGGGGCUCAAUCCUUGAUGUUACUCCAACCAAGAUUGAGAAAUUCCCAUUUGACCCAUUGGAUUUUGGCAUUCCACGCUGCACUUUGGAGAGCUUGAAAGGUGGAUACCCCGACUACAAUGCUAUGACACUUAAGCGAGUUCUACGCGGCGAAAGCGGACCAAUUGGUGACGCAUUGGUGUUAAAUGCAGCUGGAGCUCUCUUUGUCAGUGGACUUGUAGAAAGUUUGGGUGAAGGAGUGGAUCUUGCUCGGACAACAUUACUCUCAGGGAGAGCUUUGGAUUCUCUUCAUCUUUGGAUCCAAGUUUCAAAUAAAGUCAAAGAGUCGUCACAUCUCAGGACUCUAAGCAUUGGCCCCCACUAAAGUGGGCCCGGCUAACUCUUAACGAAUUUUACAACGAUGGUCACUCCAAAAUUCAAAUGCUUGGCCAGCUGAGGAGAGCACCUAUCCUGCUUCUUUUCCUUGGGAAUACCAUCAUAAUAAAAAUUAACAUUAGCCUUAUAUGUUUUUUUGGUACAGCAGGAAAUAAUAUUAGCCUUUAUUGUCACUGUACAAUUUAUAGAGAAAUGGUUUUGAAGGGUUAUUAUCAGUUU